AUGGCGCUGCAAGCGGUGCGGAGCGUGCGGGCCGCGGUCGGCAGCCUGCGCGCCAUCUCUGCACCCAGCGAGCCCUGCUCGCCGCGGCCCUGGGGACUGCGGGCGGGUGCCGUCCGGGCGCUGCGCACCGGCCCUGCUCUGCUGUCGGUGCGGAAAUUCACAGAAAAACACGAAUGGGUAACAACAGAAAAUGGUGUUGGAACAGUGGGAAUCAGCAAUUUUGCACAGGAAGCGUUGGGAGAUGUUGUGUACUGUAGUCUGCCUGAAGUUGGGACAAAGUUGAACAAACAAGAGGAGUUUGGUGCUUUGGAAAGUGUGAAAGCUGCUAGUGAACUCUAUUCCCCUCUGUCAGGAGAAGUAACUGAAAUUAAUACAGCUCUAGCAGAAAAUCCAGGACUUGUCAACAAGUCUUGUUAUGAAGAUGGUUGGCUGAUCAAGAUGACAUUCAGUAACCCUUCAGAACUAGAUGAACUAAUGAGUGAAGCAGCAUAUGAAAAAUACAUAAAAUCUAUUGAGGAAUGAAAAUGGAACCCCUAAAUAAACUACUUUGAAACAACUUAAUCUAGCAUAGUUGUCUUAAAUUAGUGGUGGAUAGAUAUUUAAAAAGCAACUUAUAGCAAAAGAAACUACUUGUAACAAUGUUUCCUGAAGAAAAUACCCCUUAACUUUCUAAUGCCUUCAGAUAAACACUGUGUAUCUUUUCCACAGCAUCCUGUGAUUUUUAGGCUAGGCUCCAGUUAUAAUAUUCAGAAUUCCUGAAAUUAUCUCUGAUAAAACUAAUUAUAAAAAUUAUGUAAUUCAACGAUAACAUGGUUAUCUUAUACCUUAUAUGACAUUGUAACUUGCUUACAGCUAUCCUUGGAUUUGGGUCAAAAUGAUCUUCCCACUAGAAAUAACUGCCAGUGGAGAAAAGUUUGUUAGUUGUAUAGUGUCCAGUGAAGAAUAUUACUGUCUUAAUUUUGCAAUAUACUGUGUUUGCUGGUGCUAUUUUUAUACAGUGAAGCAACAG